AUGGAGCAGCUGCGCGAGCCCUACAAGAAUAAGAACCGCUCGACGCUAUACUACACCCUCAGCGUUAUCCUCGGAACCGUCGCGCUGUCGUACGGCUCCGUGCCCAUGUAUAAAAUGAUCUGCCAGACAACCGGAUGGGGCGGCCAACCCAUAAAGUCUGCCGCACAUGCCUCGCUUGACGGUGACCCUUCGACUCGCCUGACCCCGGUGACAUCCUCGCGACGCCUGCGCAUAACCUUCAAUGGAUCGGUAUCGGACGUCCUGCCCUGGAAGUUCACGCCGCAGCAGCGCGAGGUGCGCGUCUUGCCUGGCGAGACGGCGCUGGCUUUCUACACGGCAACAAACCUGAGCGACGACGACAUUAUUGGUGUGGCGACAUACAGCGUCACCCCGGGCCAGGUCGCGCCGUACUUCAGCAAGAUCCAAUGCUUUUGUUUCGAGGAGCAGCGGCUCAACAAGGGCGAGACUGUGGACAUGCCCGUCUUCUUCUACAUUGAUCCUAGUUUCGUCGACGAUAUCAACAUGAAGGGCAUUGAUACCAUAACUCUGAGCUACACUUUCUUCAAGGCGAAAUACGACAAAAACGGCCAUUUGACCCCGGUAGCCAUGUAG